AUGGAGAAAACGCCGAGUGGCAGUUUGUGGCUCUCCAGCGUGGACUUAGCUAUGCCCGACAACUUCCACACUCGCUACAUCUUCUAUUACCGCUGCGGCGACGCCGCUGUCGACUUCUUCAAUGCGGCGCUGAUGAAGGCCGCGCUCAGCCGGGCCCUCGUUCAAUUCCACCCCUUCGCCGGGAGGCUGAGAAGGGACGAUAAUCGCGGCCGCAUCGAGAUCAACUGCAACGCCGAAGGGGUGUUGUUUAUGGAGGCGGAGUGCGACGCCACCCUCGACGAUUUGGGCGGUUUCGCUUCCAAGCCUAACUCCAGCCUUGUCCCCACCGUCGAUUACUCUAGGGGAAUUUCCACGUUCCCCCUCUUUCUGGUGCAGCUAACUCGAUUCAAAUGCGGUGGAGUGAGCUUAGGUUUUGCAAACGAGCACCAUCUCUCCGAUGGGACCUCCGGCCAACAUUUCAACAAGUCAUGGGAUCAUGAGGUGGUCGCAAUGGUCUCCGACGUGGACCAUGGUAAUAAUCCAAAUGAAUGGUUUGUUGAUACGGGUGCCACAUGUCAUGUGUGCUCCGAGAGAAGCGUUUUUUCUACUUACAAAUCUGUUGGAGGUAGAAAAGUACGCAUGGGAAACCAAGCCUCUUCUGAGGUAGUUGGUGUGGGUAAUGUGUUCCUAAAACUAGGAUUUGGAAAGGUUCUUACCCUUAAGGAUGUGCUGCAUGUCCCAGACAUCCGAAAUAAUUUGGUGUCAGACUCACUUCUAGUAAAUCAUGGAUUUUCACUAGAAUUUGAGUGUGAAAAGGUUAUAUUGACCAAGAAUGGAAAAUUCAUAAGUGAAGGCCACCUAGUGAAUGAGCUUUUUGAGCUGAAUGUUACGGUCAUUCACCGUGGAAAAAACCCUUCAUAA